GUUUACAAUAGGAAAAAUUAUACGGCAAGGCAAACUGUUACACGUACUAUAAAAGAGUUGUUUUAGUGCUCAGGGUUAUUAUUCUUUGGUCGUACAAGAACAGGCCGGGCAUUAUCUAGAUACUUAUUCGCGAGUACUGAUAACUUACAGAGACAACAAAAACCAUGCAUAGGUUGAUAAUGACCGCGCUUGCAUUGUUCAUUCUGAUCCUACACUUGGCGUUCUCUGCGAACCAGUCGGUAAAUUGUCAGUCUCAACCAGCCUCCUGUUGCUCAGUGCAUACAACUAGUUGUGCACCAGGGUUCCCUGGCAUGCCUGGGCAUAACGGAAGAGACGGUGCUAGAGGAUCAAAGGGAGCACCUGGUAAAAAGGGACCUGCCGGCCCUGUAGGACCUAAGGGUGAUCAAGGUCCCGCAGGAGCACCAGGGAAAAAGGGCUCCCAAGGAGAUCAGGGCCCUGCUGGAGUAGUUCCUCAAAGGAACUGGAAACAAUGCACGUGGAAGCCUCUGGAGGACGGCAGAGAUUAUGGGUUGAUAAAGGAUUGUAUCUUCGUUAAAAAAAGCUCAGACACCGUCUUGAAAGUUGAGUUCGACGGCGAUUUCAGAGUAGCCUUUUGUAAAAGGUGUUGUAAACGUUGGUAUUUCACUUUCAACGGCAUUGAGUGCGCUAAACCAGCUCCCAUCGAAGGUAUUGACGCCAUUUGGCGAAAUCAUGGUAGAACAGACACCAACGUUCACAAGCACAGUCAAAUCGGAGGAUACUGCGAGGGGAUUGGAUUGGGAACCGUUCGCGUGGGAGUGGCGGUUGGUGAUUGUCCAGGAUUCGGAAAAGGUUUUGACGCCUACACCGGGCACAAGUCUGUCACGCGGAUCAUGAUCGAGGAAGUCCCUAAACCACAAUAAAUGUACGGCCCUAAACAAAAUCAGCCAGUAGCAGAUUAGUUCCACUUGUCGAAAUUGAUAAGACUGUAACUUAAAAAGAAAAAGAGACAUCUUAAUUCUGUGGGAAACGUAGAACUUUGAUAAGGUGAAGGAAAGCUAUGAUGAGUUCCAAUAA